UAUUUGAAGUUUCAAAUAAUUCAUCUCAUGAAAAUCAAGAAAACCGUUGAUUAAAAUAAAACAGAGUGUACGAUUUAUUAUAUUUCGUAGCUCCUUCAAAAAUCCAUUUCUUCAAUCUGAAGUGUAAGUUUAGAACCGCAAAAUGCGAAGAUCUAAUUCUUUGUCAAGUAUUCCCUUACCCACCAGCAGAAGAGACUCUAGGCCUAAAGAAAGGACUUUGUCAAGUUUGGCUUUACCCACCAGCAAAAGGGACUCUAGGGCCAAAGAAAGGACUUUAUCAGUAGCCAGUCAAGGUUUACGCUAUAGCAGGGAAAGAAGCACAGAUGCAGCUACCCCUUUAUUGUCCCACAAUAGAUUGUGCCCCCCCAGUGGUAAUAGGAUUUCAGCUCAAAAACAUGUCUUAUGGACUCCCAGUAGUUCUCGUUUUAGUAACACUCCCACCUUUUCAGGGGGUUAUAAAAGGAGCAACCCUUCAACAAUUGGAUCCAGAAUGUCUGCGGGGGUGUCUGUUUCUAAGUCACCUGCGGUAAGGAGAAAACAAUUGCAGCAAAAUUUGAGUAAUAAAAAGUGGUUGGCAGAAAAAUAUUCUAUAAUUCAAGAUUACAUCGCUACAAGUGGACUGUUUGAUGCUGGCUUGGCAGGAUCCUUGCGCCCUCCUACCAUUGCCAUUUUUGUUGAACUAAUAACAAAAUUACUGAAGCAAAUUGUUGAAAUUGGGCCAGUCAAUACAACCAACUAUGGCGACAUUGUUAUAACUAAUCUUAAGUUACUUAGAUAUCCUGGCCAAAUAACAAAUUCAGUUGUGAAAACUAUCAAUACUCUGCACGCUUGGCCUCAUUUCAUAGCCAUAAUAUCAUUUUUAUUGGAAAAAGCUGAUUUGGUUAAUGUGGGAAUUAAUUCUAAUGCCCAGCUAGAUGAGGAGUGUAAAGUUGAAUAUGAUCUCCAGGAAGUUUCUUGGUCAUUUUGGUACAUGGAAGAGACAGAACCAAAUUUGUCGCAAAUAAAGUCUGAUAUUAUAACAUUGACAGGGACUGAUUUAGAGGCUGUUCAAAUCUUAGAAGAACGUAAAGCUAGUGAACAACUAGAAUUUGAGAGUAUUCAUGCUAAACUGGAGGAGAAAAGGAAAUUAUUAGAUGAAUUCAAGGCAAAGAAUUUGGAAAGGCAGCAAACUAUUGAUCAAUAUGAAAAAAAUAAAGGUAACAGAGAAAAGGAAGUCAAGGAAGAAGUUAGGGCAUUGAAGAAAAAAGAAAAGUAUCAGAAGGAAAAAAUUAAUGAACUUCAAUUGGCCAUAAAGGAUUUGGAAAAUGUUAUCUCCAACCAAACUUUCAAUGUCGAACAGAAAGAAGAAAUAAUAAAAACAAUUGAAGAACUCAAGAGGCUGAUUGAAAGAAGACAAAUGAAUGCCACCAAGCUAAGACAGCAACACCAAGAAAUGGAUAUAAUAAUAGGAAAUGCAGUAAUUGAUAUUGAGCGUAAAGUGGACAAAUGGAAUGUUGCAAUAAAACAAACAUUAUUGCCAGAAUUGAAAGAUCUUAAAUUGAGGGAAAAAGGAUUCCAUAAGUCAGAAUUUUUGGAAGAACUUCUAGAAAUCAAACAAAUAAAAAUUAAUUUAUAUAGAAAACUCACAAAUGAAUACAAGGAGAAUGAACUGAAAAUCAAAAAAUUACAAAAACUAAAAGAAUCAAUGGCCGAUAAGAAUCAAAGUUUGAGUUCAGCAAGAAAGGAAGUAGAUAAUUUAAGAAAAAAGUUGUACAAUUUGGAAGAGAAGAAACAAACCAUGGUGUCAGAUUUUAUUGCAAUUUCUAGAGACCAUGAUUUAAAAGUUGGAAAAUCACUUGAAAAGAUGGAGGCAGAGAUAAAACAACAAGAACUUAUCAUACAGACUCUAACAACCAAUAUACAAAAACAGAUUGAAGAAACGCACGAAACCAAAAAAAGAGGCGUAGAAGGCAUAAUUCGAGCCCAUAACGCAGCGUUAACAGAUUUUCAAGAAAUCAACACUAUGAAACAUAGGAUGUUGAAAAAUGUUGGCAAAGCUCAUAAAAGGUCCACUCAGCAGUUAGCGGAAUUGUUUGAGCAUUAUUUAAAAAUGCAAGAAUCUACUGCCAAAUUGUAUGGAUCACUAGAAGAUAAAGAAAAUAUUGAAUAAUUUAUCUCUGUAAUAUGUUUAUGUUAAUGUUCUUUUUUUUU